AUGGUAUCGAAAGAAGAGAAGCCCAAAAUCUCAGCGAUGUUUAGCGUUGAAAGUCUUCUUGAGUCGCCAUCUAAGGAUGCCAAAACAGAUGUUUCCAAACAACAACCAGCGACUCCAAAGACACCCAUUAUGAUUUCUACUAUAAAUCCACUGGCAAAUUAUCCAAUGAACUUCGCCUCACCUUUAGAUCCCGUAAUGAUCUAUUUUGCUCAAUCAAGAAUUCCAAUUGUAAGCUCCGACAGCUCUCCAGAAUCAUGCGCUUCAUCGCCAAUGUCAAUUCAAAAUCCAAUUCCAUGGCUCUCAUCUCAACGUGAAGAAUCGCCAACGAGCGAGGAAAAAAUCCAAAUGGGAUUGACUAAAUGCAUGUUGCGCAAACACAAAAAUAAUAGAAAACCACGCACGCCGUUUUCGACUCAGCAAUUGCUUUCAUUAGAACGAAAAUUUCAGCAGAAACAAUAUUUGUCAAUUGCUGAGCGGGCGGAAUUCAGCGCUUCGCUUCAACUCACAGAGACACAAGUCAAAAUUUGGUUCCAGAAUCGUCGAGCCAAGUCAAAACGUCUUCAGGAAGCAGAAGUGGAAAAAGUGAAGUUUGCCCAAGCUAGUGCUUUCGCUGCCGCUGUAGGAACAUCACCAACAGAAGCCUCAAAUUUUCUUGCGUUUUACCCACCACAAUGGUGA